GAGCUUGCCGCUCUUGGAUGCUCUGUUUGUCGGACUGUACUCGAGCUGCACUCGUUAUUCACUCGGUCCCGGAUCAUAAAGCGGGCAAGCAGCUUCCACUCGGAGCCGCCCACCCCUGCUCCAGCAUCCUCUUCCCUGGUGACAUAAUAACAAGCCUCAGGACCCCAACAUUGGACCCCCUCCCGGUCGCCAGGAUGAACCCCCAGUGUGCCCGCUGCGGGAAGGUUGUUUAUCCGACAGAGAAAGUCAGCUGCCUGGACAAGAACUGGCACAAAGGCUGCUUCCACUGCGAGGUUUGCAAGAUGACCCUCAACAUGAAGAACUACAAAGGUUACGACAAGAAGCCCUACUGCAACGCACAUUAUCCCAAGACAUCCUUCACCACUGUGGCUGAUACGCCGGAGAACCUGCGACUGAGGCAGCAAAGUCAGCUGCAGAGUCAGGUCCGUAAAAUAUCCUACAGAAAUAUUAAGAUGAAUGAUGAACACAAUCUUGAGUGCCGCAACAUUUCCUGA